AGAAACCUUACUACUUCAACACUCCUCACCAAAUCAACACAAUUUUGCUCAUCAAAUGGCAGAGUUGGAGAGCCCGAGUGUGAUGCCCAAACUCAUCACUUAUCUCUCCUCUCUCCUCCAAAGGGUGGCGGAAUCGAACGAUCUCAGCGGCCUAUUCCACCCCCAGAAAAUCACAGUCUUUCAUGGCCUCACCAGGCCAAGCAUCUCAAUCCAGAGCUAUUUGGAGAGGAUUUUCCAAUAUGCCAAUUGUAGCCCGUCUUGCUUCGUAGUUGCGUACGUUUAUCUCGACCGGUUCAUGCAGAAGCAGCCCUCUCUGCCAAUCAACUCUCUCAAUGUCCAUCGGUUGCUCAUCACUAGUGUUAUGGUCGCCGCGAAAUUCAUGGACGAUAUGUACUACAACAAUGCGUACUAUGCAAAAGUGGGAGGAAUCACCACAGCAGAGAUGAACUUCCUUGAAGUGGAUUUCCUUUUCGGAUUAGGGUUCCAUUUAAAUGUCACCCCCACCACUUUCCACAACUAUUGUGCAUACCUGCAAAGGCGGAUGUUGUUGGUGGAACCACCACUAAAUAUAGCAGAAUCGUCCUUGAAUAUUGGAGUAAGGUCACAAAAGCUCCAAUUGUGCUCUAGUGAAGAUGAAGCCUCGCAUCAACAACAACAGCAGCAACUAGCUGUUUAAGUACUUUUAUAAUUGGGCUCUAGAAAUUGCAGCUAGAAAUGGAGAUAGUCUCUCUUUGUCUCCUAUCUUGUACUAAAAACUCUUUAUUCUUAGUGGAGUACUUUUUUUAGUCA